AUGUUUCUCGUUGCCUGCCGGUCAAAUGAUAAGACAUGUUGUAAGUUGAUAAGUUCUAAUUUGCCUGCCUGGUAGGGAUUUUGAUUUGAUGGGAAUCGAGUGUCAAGUACACCGUUUUACUUCUGUCAUCACUGCUCUUCCUGUGUCCGAUUAAGGGGCACGACGUUACUUUUUACAGACGAGUCCCGGCAGAUACACAUGACACCUUUUCUGACAGGUUGUUCGACCUUAUCAAAAGCCGAAAAAUGGCUCUCCGCACAUUCUGGACCUAGGGUAUACAUAGGAAUCUAAAUUGGAAAUAAUCGGCCCUGUAUUAGGCUUCCUCAUCGAAAUGACUCCCAAACUAGUCAGCAAACACCGACAACUGACAAAGAUGGGGGUCACUUGGAGAUUUAUUCCAUGGUUGCCCCACAUUUUCACAUCGCGAGACACUUGAUGAACAUCUCGUACUCAGAGAUCUUAUGGGACCACCCCAUUCAGAUACAAGGAGGCAGUUUCUGUCAAGAGUUUUCGUCGCCAAAAUACAACAACAGGUUCAGUAAGCAUACUAGUCCCCUCCACCCAAUUUGAUGAGCAUUAGUACGAAAAUAAAUACAGUCUUAUGUCUGGGAGACAGCCUGCGGCUUUUACGCCUCUAGGACCCUUUUACCCUCCGAACAUCUUUCUCCCUCCACGGCCUCGUAAACGACGUCCCUUCGCUAAACUCUCAGACUUCCACCGCUUAAAUUCACGCGCGACGUGUCGAACGAUAGUCUAGACGCAUAUACUCUCGCAAUGUUAGGUCAACUUCUAGGCAAGUUUUGUUACAGCGGACGACUUUUCGUUUCCCCUGACCCGUAACUAGACCCGGCACUUUCACAUUUGAUUAAAUUAACGGCUACAUCGCAGUUGGUAGCCAGGUCCCGUAUUACAGGUGGAUGGGGGUUUAUUUACUGGGGCUAUUUUGUGGGGUUGCAUAAUCACGUCUGACCGAUUUAGCUUCCGUUUAAUGUUUGAGGUUAGGAUGAGGGUACCGCUUAAUGGUUUCCGAUUUUCGGGUUAGGGUUAUGCCUCUAGGCUUAGGUUUUCGGGUUACGGUUAGGGUUUGAGCAUACGACUAGGUUUCAGUAUUACGAUUAAGUUGGCAGUUACGGCUAUGUCUAAGGGAUACGGUUCCGUUUGCGAUUUCGGUUAGGGUUGCCGUUAAGGUUAACGGUUAACGUUUAAGGUUGAGGUUAGGGUCAGGGUUAAGGUUAGGAUUAGGGUUAAGGUCGCCGUGCGCUUCCCCAUUCCUGGAUACCAACUACGAUCUAGCCAAAGUAACUUUACCAAGUAUCAUUGAGUCAACUCCGGCUAUCAAUCUGGAGUCUUAGUGAGUCGAAUUACCCAGUCUUCAGGAGAGUCUAAUUGAUACUGAUGAACUACAUAACUACACGGCAGUUCUAAAACGACUAGUUCCUACUUAAUAUCAAUGAAACGUGCUGUGGGGAGGGAACCCUGAGUGAAUGGCUCUCAUUUUCCGCACGUUCCAGGUGCAAUAGAUGCAUUGGUUUCCUAUUUGGUACGGAAUUGCACUUGUUCUGUAUGUGAGUCUGCGCUUCACAUCAUCUGGGAAACGAGGCAAACGGUUACUUUGAGUAGGCCCUAGAGGCGGCCCCGAACGAGCAGCUAAAACGGCCAAUAAUGCUGAUACUGGCAGAAUGAAAAAGUAAAAAGGAGCACAUGACGGGAAGGAAUGCCCACAAUUUAUCCACCAAAACCGCCAGGAGCGCAUCACCUAGAGGUUCCUGUAAGACAUCAGCCGUUAACCAACGUCGAAUUUUAAGGAAUUACUAAAGCUUUGACGUCAUUCGUAUAAGAGCGCCCUAAAUAGGACAUAGAAACGGAGUCUGUAUGAGUUACACCUGCGAACUGGUAUGUAGGGUUGCAACCAGUAGGCAGUAUGGCCCGUGAAUAAGAGAUAAUUGUUUUGACACUCAAGUACUUAUUCAAAUAUGCUGAGUGGAGACAGGUAAAAAAUUUACGGUCGAAGAUUAGCUCCUGGUUAAAGUAGGGUUGAGAUCUUCGACGUCCCAGCUUGGCUUUGGCAAGCAAAGACAAUUUAACGAUCCUCCUGGACAUUAAACUUGUCCAGUAGCAAUCUGUUGGCUUGAGUAUGCAGAAAAUGAAUUUUAAAUGAAGGAAUUAGGGGGUUUCUAUAAAAUAACUUGACAGAAAUUUAUCAAGUUGCUUGCUGAAAAUUACAGAACACCUAUUGUCCUCAAACAGAAUAAUACCGAUAUCUGAAUUAGUCAAGAAGGACCUUCAACUUAAUUCGUCAUGAUUCGCCGCUAACUGCUUGACCACCUUCUUACUAGUCGUUCUCACAUUCACCAUCGUUGGCUCCGUCUCCGCCGCCGCCGCGACCGCCGCCGCGACCUCCGCCGUGACCGCCACCGCCGCCGCCACCAUCGCUACCACCAGUAUCAUCAUCCUCCUCCACAUCCUUCCCCCCACUCCUCCUCCUCCUCCUCCUCCUCCUCCUCCCCUCAUCACCAUCAUCAUCAGCAUCCCCAGGACAAACAGAAUUAGCAUUCAACUAAAAGUUGACAGUCUUGACAUUAAAAUUCUCAUUCCUUCUAUCCUUUCUACAGUUUACUCCAGCGCCAUCUUCACUAAAUCCUUUCCUUCUAUAUCAUGCUCUUCAAUCAUUUUCCCUCAUUUGAUGAAUGUUAUGGUCCUGGGUUUUUUAUGUAAUGAAGAAGAAUAG